CCGGAUGCUGAUGCUGCCGUAUCGUAUGAGGAGGAGAAGAAGAGGGGAGAGAGAAAAAAAUAACGUGUUUUUUUGCGGCCAGAAGGGAGGCUAUCCCGUGAUGGAUUGUGGAUGCAAAGAACUUCGACAGACAAGCAGAUAUUUUUCGAAUCGCUUUUGAAGCUGCAUCUUUCUGCACAAGGACGCCGGUGAAGGAUGAUUCUUGGAACCAGCCGCGACAGGAGCGCGAGCGGGGAUGGUGUGAUAUGUCCAUAGACGGCGAGGGAGGGAGGGGAGAGUGCACGGGAAAGAAAGAGGGAGGGAGGAGAGUACUACGCCAGCUAAAUAUGCUUUUUUUUUUUUUUUUUGUAGAACCACGAUGUAUUACAACCAUCCAAUCGAGCGUUUCACAUAAAUAGAGAAAACGAUUAUUUCUCGAAAGAAAAAUAACAUUUUGGUCUGAACAGAAACGCAAAGUGAAAUUGUUGACAGACGUUGACUGGGGGAAUACAGAUUGAGAGAAGUCUAGGCUAGUCCGAACGGGUGCGGAUAGCAGGGUGGCUGUUUUGACGCUCUGUUACCCUCUAUUUCCUGAUACCAGGCCCUGGGAUAAUCCGAAGAGUGCACCGGAUAUUGGGAAAACCACCCCUCUGAGGCUAUAACGGAAAAUUACUAUUCAUAUAGCCUGAAGGACGGAGCAGAGAUAGUCUACAUACCAAAAUGAGACAAAAAGAGGUGGAGGAAGACACAAAUAUGUUACGAUGAUAAGAUUCUUUACAAAUGUCGUUAUUAUGUUAUUAUAAGGAUCACUUAUGACAGCAUCGGGUGUAGGCUAUGAGGUGCAGAAUUGUGUGCAAUCUAGCCGUUAAAUUGAGCCUAUCUGAUGAAAUAGUUUUUGAUAGGCUAUUCCAGCUGCUUACAUCUAUCUGUCUAUACCAAUAUGAACAAUAGGACACAUUUAUUACGUCUAUUGUUAAUAAUAAUUGUAAUUCAUAAUAACUUCCGUUAUUUUGGACUUCUCAAAUAUGCACCUGUCAAAAUCUCCGUACGAGUUUCCCUCUUCCACUUUCUAACGUCCCCUUGUUUCAUUCCUGUUUAGUCAAUUCACGGUCGUUGAUAAUAAACUUGAGUUUACCGAAUUUAUAUGACGGAAAAUGUAUGCAAUAGCCGCAUAGAAAAGGGCAAGUGCACGGGAGUAGCCCUGCCGAGACUAUAGGCCACGAUAUUGUCAUCACGACUACAACCGCUCUCUCCAUUCCUCCCUGUGACAACAUCGCUAGGCGUCUGUAAUGUUAUUACCGCGGAGCCGUUCUGCCGCCAGGACCGACAGCUAUACAUUCCUCCUGAAAAAAACUGUGAGUUGAUCUCCUUAUCAUCAUAUCAUUUCGCUUUCAACGCACGGACAUCAUGACAAGCAAGGAGCUGUCCGUAGGCCAGUCGGCCCAAUACGUCGGGCCUUACCGGUUGGAGAAAACCCUUGGGAAGGGGCAGACGGGUUUGGUGAAGCUGGGAGUCCACUGUAUCACGGGACAGAAGGUGGCCAUAAAGAUUGUGAACCGAGAGAAGCUGUCUGAGUCUGUCCUCAUGAAGGUGGAGAGGGAGAUAGCUAUACUAAAACUAAUAGAGCACCCUCAUGUGCUGAAGCUGCAUGAUGUUUAUGAGAAUAACAAAUACCUGUAUCUGGUGUUGGAACAUGUCUCAGGAGGAGAGUUAUUUGACUACCUGGUGAAGAAGGGCAGACUGACGCCUAAAGAGGCCAGGAAGUUCUUCAGACAGAUCAUCUCAGCGCUGGACUUCUGCCACAGUCACUCUAUAUGUCAUAGAGACCUGAAGCCUGAGAACCUGCUCCUGGAUGAGAAGAACAACAUCCGCAUCGCUGACUUCGGCAUGGCUUCCCUACAGGUGGGAGACAGCCUGCUAGAGACCAGCUGUGGAUCUCCUCACUACGCGUGUCCAGAAGUUAUCCGAGGGGAGAAGUAUGACGGUCGCAGGGCAGAUGUGUGGAGCUGUGGAGUCAUCCUCUUUGCACUGCUGGUGGGAGCUCUACCCUUUGACCAUGACAACCUGCGCCAGCUCCUUGAGAAGGUGAAGAGUGGGGUGUUCCACAUGCCCCACUUCAUCCCCCCAGACUGCCAGGCCCUGCUCAAAGGAAUGAUCCAGGUCAACCCUGACAAGAGACUCACGCUAGAAGCCAUACAAAAACACUCCUGGUAUCUUGGUGGUCGUAACGAGCCGUGCCCGGAGCAGCCUCCUCCCAGGCGUGUGUGUGUGAAGAGGAUCGUGUCGCUGACCGAGCUGGACCCUGAUGUGCUGGACAGCAUGCACUCGCUGGGCUGCUUCAGAGACCGGGGGAAACUGACCCAGGACCUGCAGUGUGAGGAAGACAACCAGGAGAAGAUGAUCUACUACCUCCUCUUGGACAGGAAAGAGCGUUACCCCAGCUGUGAGGAUGAAGACCUGCCGCCCAGGAACGAUAUAGGUCUCCCAGCAGAUCCCCCUAGGAAGCGGGUGGACUCUCCCAUGCUGACCCGUCAUGGCCGGUGCCGGCCGGAGAGGAAGAGCCUGGAGGUGCUGAGUGUGACGGAGCAGGGCUCCCCAACACCCACGCGCAGGGCGCUGGACACCUCCGCACACAGCCAGAGGUCUCGUUCAGUCAGUGGCGCUUCAACAGGGCUCUCGUCAAGUCCUCUCAGCAGUCCCAGGGUCACCCCUCAGGGGUCUCCACUCCCCACCCCCCUGGGCACCCCCGUCCACCACCCCCAGCACCCCCCGCCCACCCCUCCCUCCUCCUCCUCUUCCUCCUCCUCCUCACGGGCGGAGGGAGGCGGCGGGGGUGUGGGCGGGGGCGGAUCCCUCUCCCUAACUCCACCCUCCAGCCCCGGAGGCAGCGGGGGGAUGGCCGCCAGUAGCUCCGCCCACUGGAGGACACGCCUCAACUCCUUCAAGAACAACCUGCUGGGUUCGCCACGCUUCCACCGACGCAAACUGCAGGUUCCAACACCGGAGGACAUGUCCAGUCUAACUCCAGAAUCAAGCCCAGAGCUGGCCAAGAAGUCGUGGUUUGGGAACUUCAUCAGCCUGGAAAAGGAGGAACAGAUAUUUGUUGUCAUUAGAGACAAACCGCUUAGUUCCAUCAAAGCUGAUAUAGUCCACGCCUUCUUGUCUAUCCCGUCUCUGAGUCACAGCGUCAUCUCCCAGACCAGCUUCAGAGCCGAGUAUAAGUCCUCUGGUGGCCCCUCCGUCUUCCAGAAGCCUGUUAAGUUCCAGGUGGACAUCGCCUUCUCUGAGGGAGAGAGGGAGAGAGAGAGGGAGCGUGCCGAGAGGGAAGGAAAGAGGGAAACUGGCAUCUACAGCGUGACGUUCACUCUCAUAUCAGGUCCAAGUCGCAGGUUCAAGAGAGUGGUGGAAACGAUUCAAGCCCAGCUACUUAGUACUCAUGAUCAGCCAUCUGUGCAGGCACUGGCUGAUGAGAAGAAUGGGCAGCUGACCUCGCGUCCGCCCGGCACCCCGACCCGGCAAAACUCCCGACGUUCGGAAGGAGGCGGGGACCGGGGCGAGAAGUGUGAGCGUGGUGACGCAGGGAUAGGGGGCAGCGGGAGCGUGCUUCAGAGGAAGGGCUCGGGUAAAGACAAGACCAGACUCCUUUCCUCCAACGGGACACAGUCUCAGCCCUGAGGGAACAUUGUGGAAACAGACAUCAACAGAACAAGAUAGGGCAGACCGUUAGAGAGGGAUGACAUUAGAGAACAACACAGACAAAAACCCCUCAGACUACCACUACCGCCAUCACCACUACCACCGUCACAUCUACCGAACCACCUGACCCAGCAAUCAUCAUCACAAACCACUGCUUCAACCUGAAACGGGCCCGACCAGAUAGUUGGCCACCAAGAUAGAAGAAAGAAAAGAGAGGACGAGAGGAAAACGCAGUGUCACUCAUGGACUUGCUUCAGAAGAGAAGCCAAGAUCAGAAAAAUGUCUAAGUGUACAUUUGAAGUACAACACAUCAUGCAACUGUCAACAACAAUAUGGAGCCAGUAAAAUAAUCAGGAAGACUUGUACGGGGAAAGGCAGGCUCCGAAUGGUUAAAGGAUAAAUAGAUGUUUUUUUUAAGUUAUCCGGUCUACAACCAAUAAGAUGAAAACCUUUGUGGAAUUCCAGAAAUAAUAAUUAUAACAGCGUUUCCUAGUUGGCGUGGAUCCACUUUUAAGUUUGACCCAACAUCCUUUUUUUUGGGGGGGGGGGGGGGGUCAGUGAGAGUGAAAUAUUACGGGUCAAGUCAAUUUAGUGGCGGUCGGGGAAACGGACAGGUUGGGUCCUUUCACCGGAUUCUCAGUGACGAUAAGUUACGAGAACAGAACAGAAACCUGGAACAGAAACAUGGUACAGAAACAUGGUACAGAAACAUGGUAGAAUUGAAGAUAAGGGUGAGGAAGACUGCAUCAAAAUCAGAGUGACGCGUCCGAUUGCAUCUUUUCAUCCAAGUCGCUCCAAAGACGUCAAUACAGCCAUUUGAACAAAAUAAAGACAAAUACCUGUUUGUCUCCAUAACGAAACAGCACAAUUGUACGAUUCCUAAAAUACAAUUGAAACAAACUUAUGAAAACCAUCUUGCCUUGAAGUGAGGAUUCAGCAAACGGAUAUCUCUACGGAUAUCACCCAAGUUGAAGAAAAAGAACGGACAAGGCAUGGAAGAAUGUCUCAACGCACCCCCCCCCCCCCCCCCCCCCCCCCCCUCCCACUACGACUGACAUCUGGAACACGGAGAGACUUCAAACAGAUGAGUGAACGACAUAAUUGGAAUCGUUCGAGUAAUUUGGAGCCCUCAGCAGGUCCUCAGAAUGAGGUGCUCAGAUGAAGAUGUUGUGGUUCACAGGAAGUUACCGUCAUCAGUUGUGUUCAUUCCGCGAGGACUGGACCCAGCCCUCCACAUCCAUUAUUGUCUUCGACAGAAAACAACCAACCCUCCCUCCCUUACGUUCCCAAUAUGGCCGACAUGGGGCACUGAAUGAUGCGGCUUUUGAAAAGGCCCUAGACACCUAGACGGAUUUGUUCUGUUAAGAGAGCAGAAAGAGGGAGGGAGGGGAGGAGGUGGAAAAGCUCAUUUCAAGAAACAAAAAGAGAGACUUUGUCUUAAGGAUGACAGAGAGAAAGACAUUGAAACUGAUGCACACUCAUUCCCAGGAGAGGAAAGAAACAGACCACACACAAAAAUAAUGAAAUCCAUUUUGUUUUUUUGUUUCAUUUUUCCUUUUGUUUAUGUGAUUUGAGCGCAAAUGAGUUUGAUGUUUGCCGCCAACAAAAUGGAGGAUAACGCUAACCAAGUGAAUGUCAAAAACGGAAAAAAAACACUAUUGUAAAAGUAUUUUAUUUCAUUUGUCAUAGAUUUAUUUAAUAUUUAUUUAUGUAUUUAAUUGUUGAUUUAUAUAUUGUAAAGUGGAAAGGGAAGAUGCUGACAAGAAUAGAGGGGAAAGUUCUGUUGGAAUAUUGGAACAGCAUUGAAACGGACAAAAAUGGCUGCUUGCAGGAGAAACCAGAUUGAACCGUCGUUUCCAGAGCAGGACAGAAAACAACCUCUUGUCCAAUCAUUCCUCAAUGUUUUAGAAACCAAUGCUGCAAAAAUCCUUCCAGAUCCUUUUUGAUGUUGUGUCUUUAUUGUUGAUUUGUCUUUGUUUGGUAAUAAUGAAGAUCAUUUCCAGUUUUAAAGCAACAAAACAAGGCAAAAACAAAACACAUUUUAAGAAAUGAGCCAAGGAUAGAUUUGAUGCUUUGGGAAUUUCUGGGAUGGCAAAAAAAAAUAAAAAUGAAAAUCUUUCAUGAAGUAAAUAAAAAAUGAUUGCAUAGACACUUGAAAAAGCAGAGGAGAGCAGGAAAGGGUGGGGGGGGGGUAGUAAUCUCCAAUUCCUUCUCUGUCACAUUCUGCUAGAAUGUUGUUACUUAAGAGGACAAAGAUAUGGACACGCCACAUAAAAACACUGACUGAGGGCCCAACCCCACGUGCAGAACACAAACAGUAUUCGCACACACACACACACACGGACCCUUCAAAAACAGAAAACCUCCUGUUCUUUCAGAGAAAAAAAAAACAACAACAAUUAAAAACUGGACCUUAACAUUGGAACGCACUGUCCUAAAAGACACCAAACACGUUGUGGUUUCCCCCUACCAUCCCUUUCGCCCUUGGCCACUGCCCCCCACUUCCUUCAUUACGACCCCCCACGUACCCCUUCCCCUUGCAAAGAGCACCAAAAGUAAACGCAGGUUUCGUUCUAGUCUCUCUCUAGUCCCUCGUCAUCAGUCGACACCUUGUUGUUUCAUGCCACCGCCAUUAAGCCCCUAUUAUCAGUCUCACCCUGCCUCACGUGACCGCUGUGACCACGACACAGUAACUGAGACUGGGCACACCACGUCCCCAUCAGCCAUCAUCACACUUCAUAUCAGUCCGAGUCAACACGCUGCUACCAUAGCACACAACUCCUCGUACAGCAAACAGGGGCGGUUCUGUAGCUAGGAGACGUAGAACAGUAGGUUAUUGUAACUCUUUACUUAGCGUACUCUCUGUCUACUGGAUACUUCCCUGGUGUGAAACGGCCAUUUACCAUGAAAUACGAAAAGAGUGGGAGGCAGUCUUCCUCUAUUUCCUGACCUGGGGCUCGUCUUGCUCCCCUUCCAACACAGCAAAGAACACGAUUAUGGCUUGUUGACUUUUAGUAGCUCACCUCUCAUUGUAGCUCACACCCUUCACUCAAGGCCUUUUGGCAGGAAUCAUGUACCCAUUUUCCUAAUAUCGUGCCGACUCGAACCGUACUGUGCUGUCUUGGAUAUUUUCCUUUCACAUUGUCCUUUCCAGCAUGGCGGAUGUGUAACCAUGCUGGCCGAGCUAGUCUCCAAUGAAAUGCUGCAUGACACUACUGGAAAGCAAUGUAGGGGGUGAUGACUGAAUGUUUUUGUUUUUUUACUGCAUUAAUAUAGGUGGCAUAUGAAUCCAGCACCGUCCUGCACAGAAUAGUAGUUGUAAGAGUUUGCAUAGCCAGGAAUGAGUUUUGGCGCCUUAAGAUGAUGCGUACGGAGGGAGGUACAUGCCUGUUAUAUUUGCUCGACCUGUCCGUUUUGUUCCGAGCCCUCAUCCUACUCCCCGCCACAUUCUAAUGCUAGGUCAGGGGUCAUGUGAAUGGGAGCGAGAUGUGACACAAGACGACCCCACAGUCUUUCAUUCUCCAUUACCCUGUGCUUUAAACCAGAGAGGGAUAGUGGGAGACAGCGUUACCCCUACCUUUUGUAUAGGUGGGGUAAACCUCUCCCUGCCUAUUUCUGUUGCUCCACGUCUAAAAGAGUUUGGCUUCUAUUGGUUUCAAUUGGCGUUGUUGAGGCCAAAGGGCCUGGACGUUGCUGUUACUGAGAGCUUGGACGCCCCGCCUAGGGGAAACUAGGGGAAAAACUGUCUGGAGAUACAACUAGAGCGAAACCCUUCUUAGACAUUGUGUGUAAAUAACCGUUCAAAGUAAAUGAUGGGAUGAGGGGGAGAAGUUUGACCCCCAUUGCGGGUGAAUCUUACAACAAAAGGCCCCCUCUCUCUCCAACCAACUCAACCCCCUCCUUGCCCCCUUCCUACACCCUCAUUAUCUCUUUGUAUCUCUUCUUGAACCCCCCACCCCCCCCAAUCCUCUUAUCCAGAUGAAAAUACCUCAACCCCAGCCCAUCCUUAUAUAAUCACACCCCUCCCCAUGUGUCUGUCCAUUGUAUACAGUAUGAAACCAUGUCUUGAUUCUUUAUUCACCCUGUACUCACAAUAUGAUUAUUGUUGUCAUCAUUAUUGAUCAUUCCAAGAUUGUAAAACUGUUAUCCCCCCCCCCCCCCCACUUCAUACACAGUAGAACAAAACAAUUCUUAAAAAUUCAAAACAGAAAUUUGGGGGAAAACAACAUGAUGAGGAGGAUUAAAUAAGAAAUGUCUGUAUUAUAUAAAAAAUAAAAAAUGAAAGUGCACUAUUAUGAUUAUUAUUAUUAUUGCCUGUGAUAAAUAAAGAACAAUAAACUACAUCAGAAGUUAA